AUGUCAACCUCGCCCUCCACAACUCGAGCCGAUUCGGCAGAUCGCGUUCAGGAAGCAAUAGAGAAACAUCACUUGUCCAACAGGGGAGCUUUUAACUAUACAUAUAGAGAUGUCUGGGGCCCACGCGAAGAUGCUAUGGCUAAUCCGUGGUCACCGAAUAACCCAGAUGGCGUAAUUCUUCUACGCCUAGCCGAGAACAAUCUCCUACAUGUCGAAGUAGCCGACUUUAUCACAAAGCAGUUGUCUGUUCUGCCGUCGAAUCAUUUCACCUACAGUACCGGACCCCGGGGCUCAAGACGCCUCCGCAAGGCCGUGGCCGAAUUCCUCACAGACGAGUUCCACUCUCGGGAGCCCAUCACACUCGACGACAUCUUUGUCACGCCAGGGUUAACGAGCGCCAUUGAUGCUAUAACAUGGUCAAUAUGUGACGAAGGAGACGGAAUCCUCAUUCCACGACCUUUCUAUAAUGGUUUCAACAUUGACAUUUUGUAUCGUAGCAAUGCACGUGUAGUGGGCAUCCCUUACCAUGAUAUUGAUGGCUACACUGGCCUUGACGAUGUCUUUCGUCCGGACAUGAACCGCAAGGCACUUCAAUCUGCCUUGGAGAAGGCGACACAAGAAGGAACCAAGAUCCGUGCCUUGAUGAUAUCGAAUCCGCAUAACCCAUUGGGAAGAUGCUACGUCUGUAACCUCUAUCCUUUAACCCUAUUUUCGGCUACUGACCUAGAAAAUCAGCCUCCCGAGACACUCGAGGAGUUUGCAUCAUUCUGCUCAAAGCACAAGCUGCACUUCAUCUCGGACGAGAUCUAUGCCAAGUCGGUGUUUGAUAACCCAGCCAUGGCAAACCCAACGCCAUUUGUCUCCACACUUGCCCUUGAUAUGCACAAGAUCAUAGAUCCGACACACUUACACGUAUUGUAUGGCGCAAGUAAAGACUUUUGUGUCAACGGUCUAAGAUUAGGAUGCAUCUACUCUAAGAACAAGGGGCUUUUAGGUGCGAUAUCGAGUAUCAGCCCAUUCUCCUGGUCGCCUCAUAUUCUUCAAGAUGUUUGGGCGGCCAUGCUCGAAGAUCGGACGUGGACACGACACAUGAUGCAGAGAAAGACGAGGCUUAUGGGGGCCGACUAUCGCACAAUCACCUCAUUCUUAAAGCAUAAUAAUAUCGGAUUCUAUCCCAUGAAUGCUGGUCUGUUUCUCUGGGUCGACCUUCGUCACCUUUUUCAUGCAUGCUCACCCGGCCAAGAUGCGGCUUCUGUACAAUCUCGCAGUUUACACUAUAAAGCCAUUGAGGGCAGAUUCAUGGAGCUUUGCGGUAAAAACGGAGUGAUGGUCGCCCCAGGUAGUUUGUACGAGAGUGAAGAGCUUGGCUGGUUCCGCGUCACCUUUACUGUAGGCGAGGAAGCCUUGAAGGAAGGCCUGACUCGAAUAUUAAAGGCUCUCGAAGACUUGGGAGCAUGCAAGACAGUUGCAGUUUGA